CAGGGCGGCCAGCAGAUCUCCGAUCCUCCUCCUCGGAGUGGAUUACGGCCGCAGCUCUGCGUUUCCUCCGCUCCAUCAGCAGCUGAUCCGGGGGAACAAAGGCCGCCAGAACCGCCCAGCGCCAUGGACUUCAACGUGAAGAAGCUGGCCUCCGAUGCCGGGGUGUUCUUCACUCGGGCCGUGCAGUUCACAGAGGAGAAACUGGGCCAGGCUGAGAAGACCGAACUGGACCCUCACCUGGAAAACCUGCUGGCGAAGGCCGACUCCACCAAGAACUGGACCGAGAAGAUCCUGAGACAGACGGAGGUUCUGCUGCAGCCCAACCCGAUCGAUCACACAGGCGCACGGAUCGAGGAGUUCAUCUACGACAAGCUGGACCGGAAGCUUCCGUCCAGAACCACCAACGCCGAACUGCUGGGCCAGUUCAUGCUGGACGCCGCCAAGGAGUUCGGAGCCGACACUCCGUACGGUACCACCCUCAUCACGGUGGGAGAGUACCAGAGGAAGCUGGGCGGAGCCGAGCGGGAGUUCCUCCACACGGCCGCCGUCACCUUCCUGUCGCCGCUGCGCAACUUCCUGGAGGGCGACUGGAGGACCAUCUCUAAGGAGCGGCGGCUCCUGGAGAACCGGCGUUUGGACCUGGACAUCUGCAAAGCCCGUCUGAAGAAAGCCAAGCAGGCCGAAGCCAAGGCAGCGGCGACUCCAGACUUCCAGGAGACGCGGCCGAGAAACUACGUCCUGUCGGCCAGCGCGUCUGCGCUGCUGAGCGAGGAAGUGGACAAGGCGGAGCUGGAGUUGCGUGUUGCCCAGACGGAGUUCGACCGCCAGGCUGAGGUGACCCGGCUGCUGCUGGAGGGGAUCAGCAGCACACAUCUGAACCACCUCAGGUGUCUGCAGGACUUUGCGGAGGCUCAGGCCACGUACUUCGCUCAGUGUCAUCACUACAUGCAGGACCUGCAGAGGGAGCUGAACAGAUGUGCGAACUCAGCCGUCGGCCCCCCGCCGCCCUCCAGCGCCGGGCCCGACCCGGUUCCGACCGCCUUCCCGUCCGGCCGCCUGUCUCCCGGCGCCUCGGGCUCCAGGAAGGCCAAGGUUCUGUACGACUACGACGCUCACGACGCCAGCGAACUGUCGCUGCUGGCCGACGAGGUCAUCACUGUCUACACGGUACCAGGAAUGGAUCCUGAUUGGCUGGUUGGAGAGCGGGGCAACCAGAAAGGCAAAGUACCUGUGACCUACCUGGAGCUUCUAAGCUAAUGGACCGUUAGCAUUCUAUCUGGUGAAACAUCUGAACCCUCUGGUAGACUCAGUUCAGUUUCAGUUCAGUUUAGAUUAAACUGAUUCAAAUUUGGUUCAAAUUCAGUUAAUUUCAGUUUCAGUUCAGAUUCCGUUUAGAGAUUUUUAUCUGACAGCUUUCCUUGGAGAAAAACCAGAAACAUUUUAGCGAUGCUCUCAGACGGAACCAGGAAGUUUCCUGACCUGGUUCAUCAAGUCACUCCUAUGUGUAUUUGGGCCCCAUAUGGUUUCUUCUCAGGUCCGAUGGGUUCGAAGUGGAGCUGGGCUCAAAAUGGCUUCCUGUUUGGGGCCCAGUUGAGUCAUUAACAGUUUUCAAGGAGACAUUAAGGUCCCAGUUUACCCAUCAGGCCCACAGAGUCCACCGUAUGGGGCCCAUGUCUCAGUCAUUUUCUACGUAACUGUUAGCUUGUGGCAUUAUGAUGCAUUUUGAUUUUAUCUCUGAACUUUGAGCUCCAAUCUGGGAAAACUCACCAGCUCCAGCCAGUAAGCUAAUUGUUUUGGUGCUAACGGCUAGUAGCAAAGCAGGAUGAAAUAUUUCCAUCCAUUUUAUUCAUUCUGACACUGAAGGAGUCAUUUAGCUCAAACCAGCAGAGCUGCUAGCAAACUGGAUUUCAGCUACAUCAAUGAGCAGCAGCCAUCUUGGAUUGUGAACAUACGGCUGUUUAAGGAAUUUUGAAUUUCCCAGUUUUAAUUCCAACUUUGUGUUUUUCCUCCGUAAGAAGCUUCAUUUCCUUCACAUUGUAAAGUUUCAGAAAACAUUUCUGACAUCUGAGUUUUAAAAAAUCACCUGAAAAGUACCAAGAAGUUUGGAAAGUUUUAGUCUCAAAAUUCAAAAUGGCUGCCUUGAGUCCAAACAGUCUGCAGGUUGGAAAAUAUUUGUUUAACUUUCUGAUUGGCUGAAUCUCACUGAUUUACUCAAAAUCAACAUGUUUACGCAAUCCAUCAGUGUCUGGAUGAUCACCUGCUGAGAAAUUAAUUGCUAUUAGCUUCUAUUAGCAGUUAGCAUUGUAACACAAAACUAGCAAGUCUUAAUGGUUUUCUGAAUUGUAAUGAUUGAGUCUAAUUUGGUGAAGGUUUGAGCUUCUUAGCAGCUGGUGAUUGGUUCAGAAGACAGAAACAUGAAGAAUCACAAGCUAAGCCAGGGAGCUAAUGCUAAAGACACUAGCAUUGUGCUUAUUUAUAUUUCUGUUUUGCACCUUAUUUUCUCUGAAUAACUUAAUUAUUGUAGCAUAUCUGUGUUGUUUGCACAACGUGUCAACAGAGACCAAGCUAGCUGCUAGCAGCUUUAGCAGUAGGAGCUAGCUUCGUUUGUUUUCUUCUGUUUCAGUUACAAAAAAAACAUGAAAAACAUUUAAAAAACAUACUUUACAUAACUUAGUGGUUUGUUGAUCACAAAACUGUUGCUGUUCAUUUAGCUGGUGAUGAAUUAUUUCCAUCAUGGCGACUCAGAGGAACGAUCUGUUAGCCGCUUAGCUAGGAGCCUAACGGCGCCGCAGCUCCUUCUCUCCAAAACAAAACUAAUCUGGAUAAAAUAUUUCUAUUUUCCUUUUCAGCUUUGAUUAUUUUAUACCAAAAAUUCAAAUAUUUUCUACCAGUUUCUACAAUCAUAAAAAGUUUCUUCAUUUUGGUCCUUAAUAAUUACUCAAUAAUUUGUCUUAUUUAAAGCCAGAUUAUUUUAUGUUUUUGACAUUAUUACACUUUGACAAAACUAAUGAAAAUCUCUGAUUUAAUUUCUUUAAGGACAUAAAAUUUUUAAAAAAGGGAAAAUCAAAAUUGUGUCUGUUUAGAGUCACAAAUCAGAACUAAGAAAUGACUUUAGAGGAAAACACCGUGAUUUGACUAGGACCUGUUAUCUGUCGGAUUUUAUUAUUCAGAGUUCAGAACUAAAUCUAAUAUUUAAUACAACGAUUUCACUCGUACUAGUAAAUUGAAUGUACAGUUUAAUGAAGCUUAUUUCUGAUUUGAACAUUUAUAAUUCAUGAAAAUCCCCCCAGUAAAUAAUUUAAACAUGAGUACAAAACACAGAAUCAGGGAAAUAAAAGCAGAAAAACACUUUUAAAACUAAUAAAGUUCUAUGUAGAAGAUUUCUGUUCCUCAGCAGCUGUUUGCUGUGAGCUGGCAGGAAGUGAUGUCAUGGAUCUGACUCAGGAUCAGAUUUAUUUAGAGCGGCGGCGUCAGAUUCACCUUCCUGUAAGCUGCGAUUCAUGACGCUGUGAUUUUACUGUUUAUGAGGGAACGGCAGCAGGAUGCAUCAGUCAGUUCUUACUGUUUAGAUUAAUUAUUGGUGUGAUGCUAAGGAACAUAUCAGAAUUAUGCAGCUGUAUUCAUAGUAAUAAAAUGCAACAACUUCACUGUAAAAACUAACGAACGUUCAGCAGUUUUUUAUUUGAAGCUGAAAUGUGAGGCAGAGAAACAGGAAUUGGCUCCUUUUCAUUUUCAUCGGUGGAACAUUUUUAUUUGGUGCUGCGGUUUCUGGGGUCAGAUUCAGUUUAACCCUUUAAGAAGCUUCUGCUCUCUCUGAAGCUCCGCCUCCAGGAAGUCAACCCAACACCGCUACUCUAUUAACCCUUUAAUGUUUUUACCAGCGCUGAUCUGAGAUCCUUCUGUUUGCUAACUGCUGCUGGCUAGUCUGAAGGAGCUGAGUAGGGGAGGAGCUGUGCCUCGGAGGCGGGGCUACGGCCGACCGGGCGUUUUAAACAGCUGAAUGGUUGCUGUGGAAAUGAAAGGGUUUCUGAAACAAACGAAUCAAAGCGACGCUCCAGGUUACAACAUUAUAACAUGAUGUGAAGAUAAAACGGUGGAUUUGAUGCGACACCGGCCCUUUAAAUGUUCAGACAGCGAUGUCACAUGAACAAAGGCUGAAUGAGCACAUCUUCAGCUUAUCACUAUAAAUUGGUGCGGUGAUGAAAUCCUGUCAUCAUGUUUCCUCACCGCAUUCAGUCUUCCUAAAGCAGGUCAAAGGUCACGGCGGCUGACUGCCUUCUGUUGAGCUUCCUGCUGAAAUCCCGACUCGCAUCCCAGGAAAUUCAUCUGACCAGAUAAACUUCAUUAAAACCAGUGAAUAAAUGAAAAUGAACUCGAUAAUUUCCACUCUGAUGAUUAAAACUUUCUAAGGGAAGUUCUGACCCACAUGGAUCCGACCAGAACCACAACCAUCAGAACUGAUCUCUGGCUUAGAAAGCAACAGGUUGAUCCGUUCCUGGUUUUCACCACGACUUCAGAUUUAAAACUUGGAAAUGUUUUGGUGUUUAUUUCAGAAUUAAAGAUGAAAAGGUUUUUUAGUUUUAAAGGAGUUUUAAAUCUGCUCCUAAAGCUGCAGAAAGAGAGAAACUGAACCAAACCCAGAAACCUCAGCAACCGACAUUCAGUCCCCCGAACCGCAGAGCCACAGAAACUCGCUUUGUGGCAGUGACUGUUUCCAUGGCGUCACAUGAUGAAACGGUUUCUGGAUUUAAUCUCUGAGAUUCUCUGAUUUAAGAAACUGAGCUCUGAGGGGAACGUCGACGUGUUUUCAGCAUGAUCAGAGCGCGGGCUUUGACUGGACCAUGCGCCGUGUGUGUGUGUAAAUAAAGUGUUGUUUAUUUGCUUCGGUGUUUUAACUCUUUGGUUAAAUGUGAUUUUUUUUGGCGUCUCAUUUCUCCUGGAUUGAUGUUCAAUAAACAGCAUGUGUGUCACAGA